CAGAACGGUGAUAGGCGACUAUCUGACCUUCUGCGCUUCGUCAUCUUUGCCGGCUGGAGGGAUCCAGUGUACAACCAUAUAGCUUGGAAACCAUAGAAAAUGGCACCCGUUGACGUGAAAUACACGCAGAUCUUCAUCAACAAUGAGUUCGUCAACUCCGUGAGCGGAAAGACCUUUGCGACUCUCAAUCCGGCCACGGGCAAGAAGACGUGCGAUGUUCAGGAAGGAGACAAGGCGGAUGCUGACAAGGCGGUCCGCGCUGCCCAGGAUGCCUUCAAGCUGGGUUCACCAUGGCGACGCAUGGACGCAACUGGUCGGGCACGUCUGCUCAACAAACUGGCGGACCUCAUCGAGAGGGACCAGGAGUAUCUCACGAACCUUGAGGUCAUGGACAAUGGUAUGCCAGUCAAGACCGCCACAGUCUCUGUCAUGGCCAGCGUCAGUUACUUGCGGUACGGUGCCGGCUACGCAGACAAACUUCACGGAAAGGUCGUUCCCCUAGACGGGGAUUACUUCUGCUAUUCGCGCUACGAGCCGAUCGGCGUGGUGGCAGCCAUUAUUCCCUGGAAUUUCCCUUGUGGGCUGACCGGGAUGAAGCUGUCCUGCGCUCUGACCGUGGGCAACACGCUGGUCAUCAAGCCGGCAGAGCAGAGUCCGCUCACCGCUCUCUACAUUGCUUCGCUGGUCAAAGAGGCUGGUUUCCCUCCUGGUGUUAUCAACGUGGUACCUGGUUACGGACCCACAGCUGGAGCAGCCCUGACAGGCAGUAUGGAUGUUGACAUGGUAACAUUCACCGGCUCAACUGAGGUUGGGCGCAUCAUUCAGCGAGCUGGAGCCAACAGUAACCUGAAGAAAAUCCAUCUGGAGCUGGGUGGGAAGAGUCCAAACGUUGUCUUCGCAGACUGUGACCUUGACUACGCAGUUGAGACGAGCCAUUGGGGCGUCUUCCUUCAUUCCGGUCAGGUCUGCUGUGCCGGCACCAGGAUCUUCGUACAGGAGGACAUCUACGAUGAAUUUGUCCGGAAGAGCAGGGAGAGAGCGGAGAGACGCGUGGUCGGUGACCCGUACGAUGUCAAGACGGAAGGCGGACCCCAGAUCGACCAAGAUCAAUUGGAUAAGGUCUUGGAGCUGAUCGAGAGCGGCAAGAAGGAAGGAGCCAAGCUUCAGUGCGGAGGUCAACGCAAGGGAGACUGUGGCUACUUCGUGGAGAGCACCGUCUUCUCUGACGUCACAGAUGACAUGCGCAUUGCCAAGGAAGAGAUUUUUGGGCCGGUCCAGCAGAUUCUGAAAUUCAAAACCAUCGAGGAAGUGGUCGAGCGUGCUAACGCUACGACAUACGGCCUGGCUGGUGCCGUGUUCACACGGGACAUUGACAAGGCGUUGACUGUAGCCAACACCAUAAGAGCUGGCCUUAUCUGGAUUAACAACUACGGUCUCAUAACUCCCAUGAUUCCAUUCGGUGGAUACAAAAUGUCUGGUGUUGGUAGGGAUGGAGGUGAAGAUGGUUUCAAGGACUACUGUGAAGUCAAGACUGUUGUCAUCAAAGUUCCCCAAAAGAACUCUUAGUACGUUUGGACCGUAUCAGGGAGAGAAGAA